ACAUGUGUUUUGUGAUAGGCUAGCUUCCCUACCAUUCGCUUGUUUAUAACCUGCUUGAUGUUCUACUUGCAAAACAAGACCGCAGCUGUCGAAGCUUGAAAGAGAGGCAAUGGCUGUUGUUCAUUUUUCCCUGCUUUUGUUUUGUGUUUCUUCAGCUGUGGCGGGUCUGAUCCCGGUCCAGUCUGAGUGCACGCUGGGCCCAGUGUUCUGGUGUCAGGAUCUCCACAAGGCUCUGCAGUGCGGGGCAGUCCAGCAGUGCAUGCAGACAACAUGGAGCCAGCAAGCUGAGAAUAAUGAUGUCUGCAGCGACUGCACUAAGAUCAUUGAGCUGAUGAUGGACAUGCUGUCAAACCAAGACACCCAGGCUCAUAUCAAGAGCACCCUGCACAGUGUCUGCAGUCAGUUGCCAGGGGCUGGCUUGGUUGCCGAGUGUGACAAGCUGGUGGAUUCCAGCCUGCCCAUUGCCACCCGCUUCAUCAUGAACCAUGUGAAGCCUAGUGCUGUUUGCUUCGGUCUCGGAUUGUGCACACCCCAGCAAUCAGGAAAAGGAAUGCAGGAGCUCCUCACCAAUGAGAUUUCAGAGACUGGCUACAUUGUUUCUGAACAAGCACUUCCUCGGGCAACUAGCCAGUUAGAGCUGCAGGCCUCCCCCCAGUGCACACUUUGCCUUCUUAUCAUCAGGAAGCUGGAAAACAUGCUCCCGAAGGAGAGGACAGAGGACACUGUGGUCCAGCUCCUGGAACAGAUCUGCUCCCACCUCCCCUCCGAGGUCUCCCAGGAGUGCCAGGACUUUGUGGACAAGUACGGGAAGACUGUCAUUGACUUCCUGCUGUCCUCCAUGGCACCACACACGAUUUGCACCCUCCUGCACCUCUGCCUCGGAGUGGAGAGCCCAGUGCCAGUCAUCUCCACUGUAUCAGACUGUGAAGUUUGUGACAGCCUGGUCUCCAAGGUGAAGCUGUCCCUGGGUACGAAUGUCACAGCCCCUGAGUACGAGGCUGUCAUGGACGCUGUGUGCUAUUCCUACCAGCCUGCCUUCCAGGAGUGCAAGAACUUUGUCCAAUCCUACAAGCCCCAGCUGCUGAAGGUGCUGGGGAAGCCUUGGGAUUCUCAAACAACCUGCAAGGAAGUUGAAGCUUGUGUAACUGUAAAGACUGUCCCUCUGUUGGGAACAAAGGAGUGCACCUGGGGACCAUCUUACUGGUGCACAGACAUGCAGACUGCAAAAGAGUGCAAUGCUGUGGAGCACUGCCAGGCUCAUGUCUGGAAAUGAACCCCUCCCCCACCAGGCUGGCUUGAGGACAGGAGGUGACAAGGAUUUAUGUAGAGCAGCUCUCAGCAAGGUCUUCACCAGCAUGCCACUGCAUGACACAACAGCACAAACCAACGGACCGGAGCAGUCUCAGCCAAAAUACACUGUCCAAUUCAUAUCUGACAUUAAUACUAAAAUGAGUGUGCUAAAACCUUUCUUUCUAAUUAUGUUACUAACCCUUUGAAUUUGAUGGUUUGUACAAUUUAGUUUAUGUAGAUAGGCCUACAGUGUAAACAUUAUCUUACAGCUAUAUUGCAGGAAUUAAACUAAUAUAUUUGUUUGAACUUUUAUUCUAAAAUCAUCUUAUCACAGGUGUUUUAAAAAAUGUAUGUGGUGUACUAAAGCUUUACUUAAGUUAAUUGUCUCCAGGGAAACAAAUACUGUAUUUGGAAACCAUUUCUUUGAGCAGUCAAGUAUUUUAAUGUAGUUGGGUGAUCAUUUCAGACUACCAAGAAAGAAAUGAUAACUGCAGCAAAAGUGAGCUGUCAAAACGAUCAAUCUUUGAUUUUAUUUAUUUAUUUUUCCCUAUUAUCCAAAUCUGGCCUCUACCCACAUCCGUUGUCAGCUUGUUCUUCUUUAGGAAUAAUGCAUACAAUUUGUUUUGCUAAUAGAUUUCAGGUUCUGCUGUGUAUUUUACACUGUUCUCGAUCAAGUGCUUAAUAUACCAAGGAGGACAGUGUAUCAUUUCACCAGUGGACCUGUUUAAGUAAUUUUAAUUUCACCAAGUUUUGAAUUAAUUCAUUUCCAUCAUCAUAAGUUAGCCUUUUAGUAAAUGCAGCAGUUUAUGCUUGUGUUUUAAAUGUGAUAGGUAAGGCUUGCCAGUUUACUCCCAGUGACAGAGUACAAUCAUUUGUAUGGGUUGUUUAAUCUAGAACAUGGUAAUUCUGUACAUUUUUUUUAUUUUUAUUUAAAUAAAAUCUUUGUCCUGUUAA